AUGGCAGACGCAUUCUUCUCCUUCUUCGUCCUCCUUCCUCUCAUCCUCCUCCCAAUCCUCUACUUCAUAACCCGCCCCCGUCCAGUCAAGAUCCCAAUCGUCAACCGUCACGUCUUCAUCACUGGCGGAUCAAGCGGAAUCGGCCUCGCCCUCGCCCACCGUGCAGCCGCGGACGGCGCUCGCGUCUCCAUCAUGGCGCGAUCCUUGACGAAGCUGGAGGAAGCUAAGAGCUCCAUCAAGCACGCUACGGGAAUCGAGGUGGCGGUAUUUGCGGCGGAUGUGCGGGACUAUGAUGCGGUGAAGAAGGCUGUUGAUGAAGCGGGACCUAUAGAUGUGUUGUUGUUGAACCAUGGAGUGUUCUCUGCACUGGAGCUGGAGAAAAUGGAGUUGAGUGAGGUGAAGUCUACGUUGGAUAUUAAUUUGAUGGGUUGUUUCAAUAUGAUUAAAGCUGCUUUGCCUUCCAUGAAGGAUAGGAAGAAUGUUUUACCUGCUUCCAUUGCUAUGGUUUCCUCGCAGGCUGGUCAGGUGGGAAUUUAUGGUUAUGUAGCUUACUCGGCCAGUAAAUUUGGCCUCCGUGGUUUAGCAGAAGCGUUACAACAAGAGGUUAUAGGAGAUAAUAUUCAUGUCUCUCUGAUAUUCCCUCCAGACACGGAUACUCCUGGACUUGUAGAAGAAAAUAAGAAAAAACCAGAGCUCACCAAAAUCAUUGCAUCCUCUUCUGGUUUUAUGAAAGCCGACGAAGUUGCUCAGAAAGCUUUUGAUGGCAUAAGAAGUGGCAGUUUUUUCAUUUCUUGCAAUAUGGAGGGUAUCGCGUUGUCCCUGGCAACUUCAGGUUUAUCCCCUCAGAGGUCAUUCUUAAUGGCAUAUGUUGAGGUUAUUACUGCUGGAGUACUACGUCUUGCAGCACUAUGUUUCCAGUGGAACUGGUACGGAAGUAUAGAGAAGUGGCACCAACAAAGGAAGUGUUCACCUGAAACUGAAAGCAGCUGA